CCCCUUAUCCAUUCCCAACUGCCUGUAGUCACUUUCACACAUUCUCAACUGCAUAAGAGGCAGGGUCAGAUCAAGGGGUUCGUUUCAAAAGAAAAAAAAAGGCUAGCUUUAAUUCAGUGGAGGGAAACGUACAACAGAUUGUAUUUCCUCCAUCUACUGCUGCAGGACAGCCUCGCAGCCUACCUCAAGAAGGCUCUCUCUCACACGGCAGCAUUGUCGGGCUUCUUUUGCACCCUUGCAAAAAAAAAAAAAAGGCUCCUUCGAUUAAUUUGUCAGCGAUGUCCAAAGCGAGAUCGUCCAUGCCAGGGGCACUGGUGUUGCACCAAGCGUUUGCAAGCAUCAUGGGUCGCCAAAAGUAUUCUUCUCUCGAAUGUUUAGAAUGAAGGUUUUUGUGAGAGCCAGAAAGCAGAGAUGUCGGUGCCUUUACUCAAAAUUGGGGUUGUGCUUAGCACUAUGGCUAUGAUCACCAACUGGAUGUCGCAGACCCUACCAUCCCUGGUUGGGCUCAAUACCACCAAGCUGACGGCAACGACAGGAAACUUAGACAGGAGCACGGGAGUGUUGCCAGCUAAUCCAGAGGAGUCCUGGCAGGUGUACAGCUCAGCCCAGGACAGCGAGGGCAGAUGUAUCUGCACAGUGGUGGCGCCCCAGCAGGCGAUGUGUUCACGUGACGCCAGGACCAAGCAGCUGAGGCAGCUUCUGGAAAAAGUGCAAAACAUGACACAGUCCAUCGAGGUCCUAGACCGACGGACCCAGAGGGAUCUACAGUACGUAGAGAAGAUGGAGACCCAGAUGCGAGGUUUAGAAUCCAGGUUUAAGCAGGUGGAGGAAAACCACAAGCAGCAACUGGCUAGACAAUAUAAGGCAAUAAAAACGAAAAUGGAGGAACUUAGGCCUUUGAUACCAGUGUUGGAGGAGUACAAAGCCGAUGCAAAAUUGGUAAUGCAGUUUAAAGAGGAAGUCCAGAAUCUGACGUCAGUUCUUAACGAACUCCAGGAGGAGAUUGGCGCCUAUGACUACGAGGAACUUCAGAACAGAGUGUCAAAUCUUGAAGAAAGGCUCCGUGCAUGCAUGCAAAAAUUAGCUUGCGGCAAAUUGACAGGAAUAAGCGACCCUGUUACAAUAAAAGCAUCUGGAUCAAGGUUUGGAUCGUGGAUGACUGACCCCCUGGCUCCAGAAGGCGAUAACCGGGUUUGGUACAUGGACGGCUACCACAACAACCGUUUUGUGCGGGAGUACAAGUCCAUAGCUGACUUCAUGAACACAGACAACUUCACCUCCCACCGCCUCCCCCACCCUUGGUCUGGCACUGGCCAGGUGGUCUACAACGGCUCCAUCUACUUCAACAAGUUCCAGAGCCACAUCAUCAUCAAGUUCGACUUCAAGACCUCGUCUAUCAGCAAGACACGCACCCUGGACUAUGCUGGCUACAACAACAUGUACCACUAUGCCUGGGGAGGCCACUCGGACAUCGAUCUCAUGGUGGAUGAGGGGGGCCUGUGGGCAGUCUAUGCCACAAACCAGAAUGCCGGGAACAUCGUCAUUAGCAAGCUAGACCCCAACACCCUUCAGGUCCUGCAGAGCUGGGCAACAAACCACCCCAAACGGAGCGCUGGAGAGGCCUUUAUGAUCUGUGGCACCCUCUAUGUCACCAAUGGCUACUCAGGAGGAACCAAGGUCUACUAUGCCUUCCAAACCAACACCUCCACCUACGAAUACAUUGAUAUCCCUUUCCAAAACAAGUACUCCCAUAUCUCUAUGCUGGACUACAAUCCCAAGGACAGGGCACUGUAUGCAUGGAACAAUGGACACCAGGUGCUCUAUAAUGUUACCCUGUUCCAUGUCAUCAGGUCUGAUGAGUUGUAGUCCAUCCAAAGACCUUCUUCUAUAUAUAGCGCAUUGCUUCAUGUAGGGGAAAUGCUAUGAAGGAGUUUAAAAACAUAGCUUAAGACAGCUGUCAAAAAGGUCAUACCUUUUUUUAAAAGAAAUAAAGAACUGUGUUUCUGAAGCAGUACCUCUACUUUUCCUGUGCAUUGUUCAUCAUCACACGCCCAUCAUCGGACUUGAGACUCAUGUUAUCAAGAUGGGACGCAGCUGGAACUGCACUUAGAGGAAAACAAGACGUAUAUAUUUAAGAUGUAGCAAUUAAAGCCCACCAACUAAAGAAAUGAAGGCAAUGACUGUUGGAAACACCUUGUUAUAAGUAUUUUUUUUUUUUUUGCGUGUGUGAAACUUAAACUUAAACUCUUGGUUUCUUCAUUAAUUUUGCAUGAGGAUUUUAUAACACCACGGUCAGCUUUACUGGAUGUUCUUUACUAUCUGAUGCUGUAAAAGUAAAACAUGUAAAAAGAAAAAAGAGGGGGGGGGGGGUGCUAGUCCAUAUCUUGCAAGACUAACUUUUUGUUUUGUCUUUUUGUUUGCUUUUUAUGUUCUUAUAUCACAUUGCUGUUAGUGUUGCUAUAACUGUGUUGUAUGUCUUUGUUAGGUCAGACUGUUGCAAAAUAAUCUAGCUUAUAUCUUUCCUGUCUAGUGAAAAAUGUCACGCGAGAACUUAUCAAAUAAUGUAUUAACGAGACAAUGUUUCGACUUUCUGGAUUCUUUCUGGAAGGAUGUUAUUUAAUGUUCUUUAGCAGAGAUACCUGGUGGCAACUUGGUCUGUUCAGCUUACAUGAAUAUGUAUUGUAUCUGCGAUGAGGUAGUUUGUAUUAAUAAAUGAAAGUUUUGGUUCCAUAAA